CGAACCGUAAUUUCGGAUCACUGUUGGUUUGUUCCGAACCGAAACCAUAAACAACCGGUUAGUAUGUCUUCCCAAAGGAGCAUCCACUGAGCAGAGCUCGUCUUCCUCUUCUUCACCAUCCGUCCGGCUUCGCCACGAAAAUGUCUAAGAAACGGGGUCUUUCGCUGGAGGAGAAAAGGGAGAAGAUGCUUCAGAUAUUUUACGAGUCACAGGAUUUCUUCCUUCUAAAGGAACUUGAAAAGUUGGGGCCCAGGAAAGGUGUGAUUUCGCAGUCUGUGAAAGAUGUUGUUCAGAGCUUAGUUGAUGACGACCUUGUCUCAAAGGAUAAGAUAGGAACUUCUGUAUACUUUUGGAGCCUUCCCAGCUGUGCAGGAAAUCAGUUAAGGAAUGUGAGCCGUAAACUUGAAGCUGAUCUACAGAGCAGCAAGAAGCGGCUUCAAGAACUAACUGAUCAGCGUCAGACACUAAAGAAGGGACGAGAGGAAUCUGAUGAACGAGAGGAAGCAUUAAGUGAACUGAAAGCAAUCGAACAAAAGCACAAUGAGCUGAAGGAUGAGAUGGAGCAGUAUGCAGACAAUGAUCCAGCUGCCUUUGAAGCAAAGAAGGAAGCAAUAGCAGUUGCCCAUGCUGCAGCUAACCGAUGGACAGAUAACAUUUUUACGCUGCGGCAGUGGUGCUCAAACAAUUUUCCAGAAGCCAAAGAACAGUUAGAACACAUGUACAAGGAGAUUGGGAUAACUGAGGAUUUCGACUAUUUGGAACUGCCAUCUGCUGGUUGAUUCAAUAGUGGAACUCAGCUUGAGACUACUUUUGAUAUCAUUCUUCCCCAUAAUAGAAAUAGCAGACUAAGAGAAUCAAAACAUUCUUGGGCGUGUGAAAUUGUGCUUAAUUUGAGUGUUGUACUCGAUCAAAAGCCAGUCUUGUCAGUGCUCUCGUCGACCUCUUGGUACACGUAAUGUUUGCAUCAUUUCAUAGCAUGUGAGCGGCGCACCCAGCAAAUUGGUCAGGAAUGUGAAGCUGGAUACAUAGUCUCUUCCUAUUUUGACAUCGUAUGGCAGCUAAUGAUGUUUUCAAUCA